GGAGUAAUCAGCACAGAUUGUUAGACUUCGAUUUGCAAACAGAGGAGUACCGCAGGCAUCACAACAGUGCAUGUCAGGUUGUUAAAUCAGGAGACGGGCAAUGCAGGGUCUCUGGGCUCUGUGGCUGUCCACGCUCUCCGCUUGCUCGUGGGCAACGCCGUUGUUUGUGGAGAGGGAGGAUGGCGCCUCCACGAUAUGCAAGGCUGCUCCACAUUGGGAGAUAGAGGGCAAGGCGCCCAUGAAAGAGCUUCAGGGGAACAUUGUGAUGGUGGCCCUGCUCAAAGCCAGCUGACACUUCUGUCUCACGCAGGCUGCCCGUCUAGGGGAGCUGCGUGAUAGACUUGCUCGCAGCAAGCUGGCCAACGUGUCGUACAUGAUAGUGAAUGAGCAGGCGGCCGAGUCCAGAGCAAUGUACUGGGAGCUGAAGAGGAGAGCGGCUCAGGGGAUCCCAGUGUAUCAACAGAGUCCCCUACAAAACGACGUCUGGUCCACUCUUCAAGCUGAAAAGGAUGAUGUCCUCAUUUAUGACAGAUGCGGCCAGCUGACAUUUCACAUCGUCCUGCCAUACAGUUACCUCAAUUUUCCAUAUGUGGAAGCUGCCAUUCGCGCCACAUACCACAGAGAUAUAUGUAACUGCUCGUUACAUAAUACCACCUCUUUUGAGUCUGGAUUUCCUGACUCGGCACAGAACAGCACCACACCAUCUCCCACGCCGGUAACUGAGCAGAGCAGUGGUGGUGGUGCACUGGUGCAGCCCGUUGACGGCCAGGAGAAUCCUAUACACACGGCACAGCAGCACCAACAGCAUUCUCAAAGCAAUGGAACCAUUAUGGCACACACCCAUCAAGAGAAUAUUGAGAACCAGGAAGAACAUCACAGUGCUACACCAAAGUACGGCACCUAAACAGCUUUUAAUUAGAAAAACAAUGAUGGUCAUAAUACGCAUUUGAUCCUUUGCUGAUUUUGUUGGUUUGCCCAUUAAUAAAGGCCAUCCUAAAUCAGUCUGAUGUUCAUUGGCAAGCCUCAGGUGGCCCUGCCCAAGUUCCCAAGUUCCUUCUUUUUUUUCCCUUUUUUUGACUUUAUUGAUGAUAAGACAGUAUGAGAGGUGGAAAGGAAGCGAAUGGGGAGGAGUCAGCAAAUGCCCCGGGCCACAUUUGAACUCGGAUGGCCUGCAUAGCAGCCCAGUGCCCUGCUGUUAGACCCGCGGCAGGGGCUAGGGCCCCACAUUUCUUCUUAAGCAAGGAUGCCAUAUGUGCACUGCAGGAUUUUAAUCCUCCGUGGCAUUAAGUGUGUUGCCAAUAGUUUUCUUAGACAUUUUCUCAGCUGCCUCGAGAUCAUUGCCUGACUCCUCCAGUGCAGUUCUUUCUCACCGUUCUUGUGAUUAUUGAAUCCCCACAAGGUCAAAUCUUGUAUGGAUCCCCAGAUCGGCCGAUUGAUGGUCUUUCUGUAUUUUAUACAUUUUGGAAGAAACACACCAACAGUUUGCUCCUUAAAAUCCAGUUUCUUGCUUUAGGUUUUGGAGUCCAUUUCAGUCUUGUUCAAGUCUGUCUGGUCUGUGGGAAUAGUUGGCAGGGAAUCAAGCACGUAUUUCGCUCGUGAAAAUGAAAGUUAUUUAUUUAAGUUACUGUCUUUUGAUAUUCUGUCUCUCCGUGUUAAAAUACACAGAUCAUUAAAAUCACAGGCUGGUACUCAAACCAACAAAAUCAGAAAGGUAUCAAAUACGUAUUACUCCCAGUGUGUGUGUGUGUGUGUGUGUGUCUGUGUGUGUGUGUGCAUGUAUGCCUGUAUAUCAAAGUAACUCAAAAGCUGUGUAGGUGGACUGCAAAAACGAAACCAAUGCACAUGAGGGACAAUAGUCUACAUGUAAAAUAUCAAGCUGUUAAGAGAAAUUCUAUAUUGGUAAUUGAUCAUUAUGUUCUCAUAUGUAGGGUAGACCAGUGUUUUUUUAUCCUGGGGUCUGCAUGUGGGUUAAAAUUUCAUGCACUCAUGCUCUGUCUCUCGAGUUCUCCCUUAGUGCAAAUGGAACAUUAAUUGGGCAUUAAUCUUCAGAUUUGGAAUUAGCUCACCAUCAAAUUUCUCAGAAACUCAUUUUCUUUUCCAUACCCUGCCACAAAACAUGUGUGUUCUCUGUACAGUGAUUGCCUUUACCACACUUGAUGACUUAAGGCCCAGUCUGAGAAAUUCUUGAAGAGAGUGCUGGAGCUCAAUAUGUGUGUGUAUGUAGCUUGUAAGAUUUCUUUACCUCCCCCCCCACUGCACGUAAUGAAGUGUGCACUUGAAACCUUUCAGAGGUGCGUGCGUAUGGAAGCUGUGUGGUGCAGGAGGCAAGAAAUUAUGUGAUGCAUAUACACAUUUAAUGACACUCUGGAAGUCUCUCAAAACAUCCAAAGGAUUAUGAAGAGUUGUGGUUUUAAAUUAUAUUCUUUCAUUUGUUCAGGUAAGCAUUUAGCAUUUGAGGCAAAAAUCUGUAACGUGUAAAAUUUGCAUUUUGUGGAAUUUCAUUGUAAUAAAGGUCAUUUCAAAAGGCAA